AUGCUCUUCGGCUUCCUCUCGCGCUCAACAGUAGACUUCAACACCACAACCUCCAUUCCCUCUCUAAAUGGAAAAGUAAUAGCCAUAACCGGCGGAAACGCCGGUCUAGGUUACGAAACAGUCCUCCGCCUCGCCCCCCACAACCCAUCACACAUCUACAUCCUCUCGCGCAACGCUUCUACCACCAACGCAGCUAUAUCCUCCAUCCAGUCGCAAAUCGCGAACUGCUGUCCCAUAACACACAUCCCGCUCGAUCUCUCCGACCUCUCCUCCGUCGCGUCCUGCGCGGCAGAACUGCAAAACCGCGAGGAAAGACUCGACAUCCUCUUCCUGAACGCGGGAAUCAUGCUCGUGCCCCCCGCCCUCACAGCCCAGGGCUAUGAGAUCCAAUUCGGCACCAACCACCUGGGUCACUUCCUGCUCGCCCAACUCCUCCUCCCCUUACUAAAACACACCACCACGCUUCCGGACGCAGACGUACGGGUCGUAGUCCUAAGUUCCGUCGGCAUGAUCUUCACAUACGGACGCGGGAUCGAGUAUGAGGGUUUAGGGGAAGCCGGGAGUGCGUUUCGCGCGGCGGGGUUGUAUCGGUACGCCCGCUCGAAGCUUUGUAAUGCGUUGUUUGCGCGGGAGUUUGCGGGGCGGUAUAGCGGGGAGGGGAUUACGUGUGUGGCAGUGCAUCCCGGGGUGAUUUCGACGGGGUUGUGGCGGGAGACGUUUGGGGAGCGGGAUUGGGGGUUGUUGGGGGAGGUGGGGAGGUGGGUGGCGAUGAGGGUUCCGGUGGUGGGGUUUGAGGGGGUGGAGAGUGGUGUUAGGGGGCAGUUGUGGGCGGCUGUCGGGAAAUUGGGGAAGGGAAGGGGGGAGGUGGAGGGUGGGGAGUUUUAUACGCCGGUUGGUGUUAAAGGACAGGGGAGUUGGGCUUGUUAUGAUGGGGAGGAAGCGAAGAGGUUGUGGGGGUGGAGUGAGAAGGCUGUGGAGGGGUAUAUGAGGUGA